UAUCAAUUCUUUUCAUAAAUAAUAUUGUCUGGGGAGCAAAUGGGCGACCAACAGAGGAAACGAGCUACAAGAAGCACUGCCUUGAACCAUUUCGAGCAGGAGAGGAGUUAUUUUGCUACUUUAGAAAUGGCAGAAAGUGACGAAGAUGAGUUAGCCACCUCUACUUCUGAAUCUGAUGAUAAUGUGGUUGAUGAAGAAGAAGAAGAAUAUAUGAUGAGUGAUGGCGAUUUCUUUAACAGUCAAACUCAACCUGAAUUAGGGUUCUUGUGGGAGGAUGAGGAGGACUAUAAUUAUGGCGAUCAGGAAAUUGAGGAAGAUGAUGUUGAUCCAGAUGAAUUAUCAUACGAGGAAUUGAUUGCUCUAGGAGAAUCGGUUGGAGUAGAGAGCAGGGGAUUAUCAGAGGCUGAAAUUAAUGGACACUUGCAUCCCUUUGCAUGGAAAUCUCUUCAAAACUCUCUUACUAAUAUUGAUAAGUGUGUGAUAUGCCAAGUAGAGUUCGAAGGAGGAGAAAAGCUUGUGGCGCUGCCUUGUGAUCAUCCAUAUCACUCAGAUUGUAUAACUCAGUGGCUUCAGAUUAACAAGAUUUGCCCAAUAUGCGGGAACGAGGUCUCAUCUGACAAAAAUUCAAAAAAUGUAUAGUGCUGUAAAUAAAAUUAAAAGAAAAAGAAUCCCGUGGUGGUUUUUGUGAAUUUCUAAAAUUAAUGCCGUGUAUAUACAGUAAUUUAAUUGCUUAAUUAUAUAAACUUUCAGUACAAA